UGGAUCCAAUGAGGUGACGCCGCGUUCCGGGCCCGACUGAUGAGAGCGAGCCGGUGAUAAAGAGGGAACCGAACAAAAAACUACCGAGCGUGAAACACCGGGGGGGAGAAAGAGGCUCCGAGUGACCGAGGGAAGAGGCUCCGAGUAACGGCUAAACGAGCGCUGGAAGCCCGGGGAGAGGCGCAGUGUGUCCGGUCAGUGUUGUUGACUUCGUGCCGGGCUGAGGAAAGCUCGUCAUCAUGGGCGGCAGGAAGCUGGCGCUGGUUGCUCUCUUCUGCCUUGUUGCGGCAAUGUUGCCUUCUCACACAGUGACUGUAGCUGUGAUGUCCGUCGACCUGGGCAGCGAGUGGAUGAAGAUGGCCAUCGUGAAGCCCGGGGUGCCGAUGGAGAUUGUUCUCAACAAGGAGUCGAGGAGGAAAACGCCCAUCGCCGUGUGUCUGAAGGAAAACGAAAGACUUUUCGGGGACAGCGCGCUCGGAGUGUCUGUGAAGAACCCCAAAACUGUUUAUAGACACCUCCAAAGCCUCCUGGGCAAGAAGCACAAGAACCCCCAGGUGGCGCUCUACCAGAAACGUUUCCCCGAGCACCAGCUGGAGGAGGACGCGGUCAGAGGGACGGUCUACUUUAAAUACUCGGAUGAAGUGCAGUACACACCUGAGGAGCUGCUCGGCAUGGCGCUCAAUUACUCUUGUGGACUGGCUCAGGACUUCGCAGAGCAACCGAUCAAAGACGCCGUGAUCACCGUCCCGGCCUUUUUCAACCAGGCGGAGCGCAGGGCGGUCCUGCAGGCCGCGCAGAUGGCCGGACUGAAGGUGCUUCAGCUCAUCAACGACAACACCGCCGUGGCCUUGAACUACGGCGUCUUCAGGAGGAAAGAUAUCGACAGCACGGCGAAGAACAUCAUGUUUUAUGACAUGGGCGCAGGCAGCACCACCGCCACCAUCGUCUCUUAUCAGACAGUCAAAAACAAAGAGUCUGGCACGCAGCCCCAGCUGCAGAUCCGAGGUGUCGGGUUCGACCGUGGCUUGGGAGGCUUCGAGAUGGACCUGAGGCUGCGGGACCACCUGGCCAAACUGUUCAACGAGCAGAAGAAGAGCAAGAAAGACGUGAGGGAGAACCACCGGGCCAUGGCCAAGCUCCUCAAGGAGGCUCAGAGGCUGAAGACGGUGCUCAGCGCGAACAUGGAAUUCAUGGCACAGGUGGAAGGUUUGAUGGACGACAUCGACUUCAAGUCUAAGGUGACGAGGGCCGAGUUUGAAGAGCUGUGCGCUGAUCUCUUCGAGAGAGUUCCUCGCCCGGUGCAGGAAGCUCUCAGCGUCGCAGAAAUGAAGCUGGAUGAAAUCGAGCAGGUGAUUUUAGUCGGCGGCGCCACUCGUGUCCCCAAGGUCCAGGAAGUGCUGCUCAAAGCUGUUGGAAAAGAGGAGCUGGGGAAGAACAUCAACGCAGAUGAGGCAGCGGCGAUGGGCGCCGUGUACCAGGCCGCCGCCCUCAGCAAGGCCUUCAAGGUCAAACCUUUCAUCGUCCGAGACGCAGCCAUCUUCCCCAUUCAGGUGGAGUUCACCCGUGAGACGGAGGAAGACGGCGUCAAAGCCCUGAAACACAACAAACGCGUCCUCUUCCAGAGGAUGGCGCCGUACCCUCAGCGCAAGGUCAUCACGUUCAACCGCUACAACGCCGACUUCUCCUUCGACAUAAACUACGGCGACCUCAGCUUCCUGAGUCAGGAAGACAUCAGCAUGUUCGGCUCUCUGAACCUGACCACGGUCAAGCUGUCCGGAGUCGGCAGCAGCUUCCAGAAGCAUGGAGACGCCGAGUCCAAAGGCAUCAAAGCCCAUUUCAACAUGGACGACAGCGGCGUGCUCCUGCUGGAUCGGGUGGAGUCCGUCUUUGAAACGAUCGUGGAGGAGAAAGAGGAGGAGUCGACCUUAACGAAGCUGGGAAACACAAUUUCCACCCUGUUUGGAGGAGGAUCGUCUGAACCCGCCCCCAACGUAACUGAACCUGUCCAGGACGAGGAGGAAGUGCCUCCAGAGUCCGGCAAGGACGACAAGGACGAGGAGGGGAAGGAAGAAGCCCAGAAGGACGAGGCCGCCAAGGAGAAGCAGGACGAUGCAGAGAAGAGUGCAGGUGAAGAGAAAAAUCAGGAGAAGACGGAGGAGGAGGCAGGCAGCAAGGCCGAGGCCAAGGACGAAAGCAACGGGGAGAAGUCUGCGACCGAGGCAGAGAAGGAAGCGGAGAAGAAGGCGAAACCUCAGAAAAAGAGCAAAAUCUCCGAAGACAUCACGGCAGAACUCCUCGUCAACGACAUCCUCGACCCCACCGCAGACGAUGUCACUUCCUCUAAGAAGAAGUUGCAGGAUUUGACAGACAGAGACCUCGCCAAGCAGGAACGGGAGAAGACGCUCAACAGUCUGGAAGCUUUUAUCUUCGAGACGCAGGACAAGCUCUACCAGGACGAUUACCAGCUGGUGGUGUCGGAGGAGGAGAAGGAGCAGAUGUCCGCCAAGCUGAAGGAGGUGUCGGAGUGGAUGGACGAGGACGGCUACUCGGCGACCACCAAGCAGCUGAGAGAGAAGCUGUCUCAGCUGAAGAGCCUGUGCAAGGACAUGUUCUUCAGGGUGGAGGAGAGACGCAAGUGGCCGGAGCGCCUGGCCGCCCUGGAGAGCAUGCUCAACACCUCCAGCUUCUUCCUCAGGAGCGCCAAACUGAUUCCAGAGGACGACCAGAUCUUCACUGAGGUCGAGCUGAACAUGCUGGAGAAAGUGAUCAAUGAAACGACGACGUGGAAGAACGAGACCGUCGCCGAGCAGGAGAAGCGCUCCCCGAAGGAGAGGCCCAUCUUACUGUCCAAAGACAUCGAGUCCAAGCUGGCUCUGCUGGACCGGGAGGUCAACUACUUACUCAACAAAGCCAAGUUCGCCAAGCCGAAGGCGAAAGCCAAAGCCAAGAACAGCACCAGCUCGGAGAAGAACAGCAAGGCCAACAACACGGCGGAGGAGAAAGUCAUCCCUCCCACAGAGGAGAGCGCGGACGCCAAGAGCGAAACUCCAGAGGAGGCGCAGCCGGGUGAAGCCCCGCCCACUGAGGAGAGCACGCCACAGAGCAACUCAGACAGCCAAUCACAGCCCUCAGAAGAAACAACAACUGCAGGACCGACAGAGAAGCCGCCGCCUGAAAACCACAUAGACGACGAGUUAUAACGGCUGGAACGGGGAAGAAAAUCACUAUUUAUUGACAGUGUAUAAAUAUUCAAGUUCCCUCUCUCUCUCUCUCUCUCACUCUUGUUUCUGUUUUGGGUUUUUCUUUCGUUUCUUUCUUUCUUCUUUGGCUUUAUGUCCCUGUUUCUUGAACUGCUGGGAGCUGAUUGGAUAAUGAUCGAAGACCACUCAUCUCAUCUCAUUCCUUUUUCGUGCGCUGUUCAUCUCUUCUGUCUUUUCAACGGACGCUGAAAACACCGAGAAGAAGAAGAAGCAUAAAACAAAGUGUGUGACGCGCAACGACAAAAACAAACCUUCUACACGUGACAUCGACGCCGACGCAGCGGGGAGGUGUGUGUUGAAGUUUGAACCUUUUCAUUUCAUGCUCUGUCCUCAGCCGUAGUUAUGUCGUCGUGAGGUUAUUUGUCCUCUAACACCUUCACUGACUUUCCAAAGCUACUGAGUAAGUGCACUGCUUCAUGGUGUUGGCUAUAGCGGAGGGUGACGGGGUCAUUUAGAGUCCUUUUGGAUGGGUAGAACGUUUUUCUUUUUUAGCUCUAACCAGAAUUUAUUUGGGCACUUAAUUUGUAGAUGACAGAGAAUCAUGACACAACCCCUGACGUUAAUCUUUGUGGAUUAUCGGCUGUAUAGAAUCAUGAAAACCUAAAAGAAGAAGCACGUUUGGUGACGGGGAUGAUUUAACAUCUCUCUGAUUCAAUCGGAUGAACUAAAAUGACUCACGAGUUUUUUUGUUUUUGUUUUUUUUCUGCCAAUCCAACCUUGAAUGUUUCGGUGAAAGUGGUCAAACGUCUCAUAAGCUGCUAAAUGUCGUACAAGAGGUGGCGUGUUCGUGCUGUCACUGCUCUUUACCUCAACAUGCCCUGUGAUGCUUGCUCGGAUGUUGGCCCCCUCUUUUUUUUUUUUGUUUUUGUUUCGAGCUGGGUCGGGUUGGGCCGGGGAGGGACUGUCAGGAACCGGACUUUGGGUCAGCUGUGUGUGCUUUGUGUGUUUUCAGCACUCUGGAUUAUUUGAAAGGGGAACUGAAGAAAACAAAAAGACAGGGACGGGAGGAAAUGAUGUUGUGUUUCUAAAACUGUUAAUAAA